UCCUGUGACGUUUCCUUGUCGUUUGUUUGUGUUUACAAAAAAUGGAGCCUGAAACGAGACCGAAACCGUCUUGGUAGAUCAUAAUCAUGAAGCUGCGAGUUCGGAUCAACCGUCAGACCAGCAAGGUGGAGUUACCGGGGGGAGAACCCACCCUGCAAGAACUCUCAGAUCUCAUUAAGCAGGCACUGUCCUCUUAUGGACUCAGCACAGACACCGAGUUCAGUCUGUCUCUGAACGGCUCAGAGCUUCUUUCAGACUCCGGGCAGACCUUGUCCUCCUGCGGCAUCGUUUCUGGAGAUCUGAUCUGCGUCCUGCUGCCGCAUCCUCCACUGGUCACCACGACAACCCCAGAGACGACCAUCAGCUCCGCUAGCAGGACAACUAACUUCCAGCAGACCACCAGCAUAACCACCUGCCAGCAGCUGGACAGAAAUAACGGCAGUCCUGCAGCGCUGACAGAGCCCCUGCAGACCUGCAGCAGACAGGAAUCUGAACCAGCGGCCCGGGUCUGGGAGCCGAUGCUGUGCAGCGAGGUGGAGGAGGGCCAGGCUCCGCUCUCUCUGGAGCGCCUGUACCACUCGGCCCGGGUCAGCAGUCCCAACGAGGCCGUCAUAGUGGCCUUGCACCAAAUCAUGUUGGAGACCGGUUUCACUCCUCAGGGGGGCGAGCUGAAGCCUCAGGAGAUGCCUGAAGGGUGGAGGUCUGCAGCUGGACUCUGCAGGCUGCCGUACUCCCACUCUCUAUGUGGCAGCAGCCUGAUCUCUGUGGUGGCCGUGAACAUGGGCCCGCUGCUUGUUGUCAACGUGACUCUGAAGGUGACAGAAACCGUGGACGUUGUUCGGAAGCUGCAGCUGAACGCCUCCAGCUACGUGACAGGCGAGUGGCAAGGAGAAAGUGCAGCUGCAGCCUUCAGAAACCUGAAAAAACUUUCUCAGAUGAUUAAAGACCAGCUGGCGUUUCCGCUGAUCGCCGCCGCCAGAGACGCCAUGGCUCUGCCAACGGCGUUCGGUCUGUCUGUUCUUCCUCCGGAGCUCCUCCUCCGAGUCCUCCGCCUGCUGGACGUCCGCUCUGUGGUCCGACUGUCCGCGGUCAGCCGACACUUCAGCGCCGCCGCUGCAGACUCCAUGCUGUGGAGACACCUGUACCGUCGCGACUUCACAGAUGCAGAUGGCAGCAGAUCCAGAGACACAGACUGGAAGGAGCUUUACAAAAAGUCACAUAAAAGUCGCUCUGAACGCCACCGUGCAGCUCGUCACUUCCACCUGCCGCCAUUCCCUUUCCGUGACAUCAUCACACCUGUGCCCCGCCCCCUCUUCCCUCUGCUGCCAGGAAUCAUUGGGGGGGAGUACGACCAGUGGCCCAACCUGCCCCACGGCCCGCUGCCCCGCCCCCGCUACGACCCCAUCGGUCCGAUGGCAGAUCCAACAGGACGACCUCCAUCUGAUCUCCGCAGGGCGACCGGAGGACGAACGACUGACGUCCGCAGAGCGUUCAUCUGAUCCUCGAUCACCUGUCAAUCAACGAGGACGAGUUGAUUUAAGUCUCGCAUCCUUCAGAAGGGAAACGGGUUCUUCAGCUCCACUGGUAGUUGUUUUUCUGACAGACGUUUCGUUUCUUUGACCAAACCUUUGAGCAAAUCGUUACCAGGAUGCAAACUGUAGAGAAGAGAUUCGUACACGGAGUCCAUUUUCUGAACGUCUUCUGAAAAUCAGUGACUUAAGGUUUUAUGAAAAUAAAAAAAUACUUUCAAUGGUCA